UCCGUGUUGAUACAAGACAGACCUGUGAACGAUUUUCUCUAUACAGAAAGUCUGUGUUUACUGUGUUACAAAUCGUCACAGAUCAGUAAACUUGCUAUUUCAGAUUGCGCAAACGUUUUUGUAUAGAAUUAUAUCAGACAGACAUGUAAUACAAUAUUGUAUUGGAUAUUAUGUGACAAAACCUGGGAAACGUGCAAGAACGUAAGGUUAUCGGCGUCUUAACAAACGAGUCUUACGAAUGUGUAAACACCGUGAAUACAUGUCCCUGUGCAACGUACCCUAGACCUGUAUGAACUUCCUGGUUGGUGAGAUAAUGUACAGACAAGGUGUUUGACGUUAUAGCCGACCAGACAUGGGAUUUUACCGGUACCUGCUGGUCAUCUGGUCAGUAGUGUGGACGCUGAAGGUGGUUAACGCAUCAGAAAACAUCGCCUCUGGUAAAGCCACAAGUCAAAGUUCUACCCUCGGUGGCUGGGGCAGCUCUAACGCCGUAGACGGAUGUGUCGAUACAUUCAUGGGAUCGAACUGCUGUACACACACGGCGAUAGGACACACCGAGGCCUCUUGGCAGGUAGAUCUACAGACACAGUCCGUCAUAGAAUCCGUGAAUAUUAUAUAUAGAGAUGAGGGCACACUAAACAGACUCGCCGGUUACGAGAUAUACCUGUCUAAUGCACAAGACUGGACAUCAGGAAACAGGUGUCACAAGGACACGACUGCUGCCUUGGCGUCUAUGUCCGCGACACAGAACGUACAAUGUCCAGGUGUCACCCGGUAUCUGACCAUCUACAACGACCGUCGAGUAAAAGCCAAACCGUGGUACUCUAAUGAUGCUAUAUUGGAGCUGUGUGAGGUACAAGUUAAUGGUUGUCCAGUUGGAAUGUACGGAAAUGGGAAUUGCGCUCAUGUCUGCAUGAACUGUCUCAGCAGUUGUGAUACAACAUCCGGUUGUGAUGAUUGUGGUGCUGGAUAUCAUAAAAGUGGUGGAAGUUGCGUUCCAUGUCCGUCUAAUUGUGUGGGGAAUAAAUGUGACAGUCUUUCUGGAGCUUGUUCAGACGGCUGCAAUGCGGGAUUUACAGGCAUGUGGUGCAGAUGUCCAGUAAAUUGUAAGGACACAAGCUGUCCUACUGGCCAGUGUACAGACUGUAACGAUGGAUACUACGGACCAGCUUGUACACCUUGUCCUAGUGGCUGUAGCCCUGACACUUGUGACAAAACGUCAGGACAUUGUGUUCAAUGUGAUGCUGGUUUCCAUGGCAGUUUUUGUCGCCAACCUUGCUAUGUUAACUGUAAAAACAAUGUUUGUAACCAGGACAACGGGCAGUGCACAGACUGUAACGAUGGAUACUACGGACCAGCUUGUACACCUUGUCCUAGUGGCUGUAGCACUGACACUUGUGACAAAACGUCAGGACAUUGUGUUCAAUGUGAUGCUGGUUUCCAUGGCAGUUUUUGUCGCCAACCUUGCUAUGUUAACUGUAAAAACAAUGUUUGUAACCAGGACAACGGGCAGUGCACAGAAUGUGAUGAUGGAUUCUAUGAUAGUUUCUGUAACCAGUCCUGCCCUGUUAAUUGUAAAAACAACGUUUGUAACAUGGUCAACGGUCAGUGUACAGAAUGCCUAGCCGGAUAUCACGGUAGUACCUGUACUCAGACGUGUCCUACCAAUUGUAAAGACAACAUAUGUAUCCAGGGUAACAGGUUUUGUACAGAAUGUGCUGUUGGGUAUCAUGGCGAUCAAUGCGAUAUGAAUUGCCCGUUCAACUGCAAGGAUAAAUUUUGUAACCAGACUAAUGGUCGGUGUAUAGGUAUGUACUGUGAGACUGAUAAUUCAUGUGCAAGUUUAUACUACGAAAUUGAUCUUACAUGUACAGAACAGCCCACAGCAUGUGCCUUCAUGUGA